AUGCGCCAUAUGGGGACGGGGGAGGAACCGGCGGGCUCGCUGUGGUGAGGCGGGCGGAGCGGCCUGGUUCGGGGCGGCCCGGUUCGGCCCCAUGGCUGCUGUGUUCCUCGUCACGCUCUACGAGUACUUGCCGCUGUUUUACAUCACCGUGGUGUUUGUCUGCUUCCUCGUCACCAGCGGCCUGGUGCUGGGUUGGUUUGGGUUGGGUGUUCCUGUUAUUUUGAGAAACUCAGAAGAAACAGAAUCCAGCACCAGAGUGCUGAAAAAGCAGAUGAGACAAGUGAAGAAUCCUUUUGGGUUAGAAAUCCUUCAUCCUGCUACAGCUUCAGUAACAAAGGGGCUCACACUGACACCAGAUUGUCUGGAAGACUGUAUCCUUACCUGCUACUGGGGCUGCAGUGUCCAAAAACUCCAUGAAGCCUUGCAGAAACAUGUCUACUGCUUCAGAAUAAAGACUCCUCAGGCCUUAGAGGAUGCUCUCUACAGCCAAUACCUCUAUAAACAGCAGUACUUCAUUAAAAAAAACGAGAAGGAAGAAAAAUAUUGUCAGUUACCAGAAGAUGCUCAAGUUGUGGAUUUUGGCCCCGUGCCCAGAUCUCGCUAUCCCUUGGUAGCAUUGCUGACGUUAGCAGAUGAAGAAGACAGGGAAAUAUAUGAUAUUAUUUCAAUGGUGGCUGUAAUUCACAUUCCUGAUGAGAGCUACAGACUUUCCUGCAGAAUAUUGUAUCAGUAUCUACUUCUAGCUCAAGGUCAAUACCAUGAUCUGAAGCAACUCUUCAUGUCUGCAAACAGCACUGCACCACCUUCAAGCAACACAUCCCCUGGGGAGAGCAGCACUGACAGAAGCUUGCUAGAAAAGGUCGGGCUGGCUGAGGAUGAAGCAGAAGUGCAUGAAGAAAACAGCAAGGACUGUGUUGUUUGCCAGAAUGGCACAGUGAACUGGGUACUCCUGCCCUGCAGGCAUGCCUGCUUGUGUGAUGCCUGCAUUAGGUAUUUUCAGCAGUGUCCAAUGUGCAGGCAGUUUGUUCAAGAGUCUUUUCCACUUUGCAGUAAGAAGGAGCAAGAUGAAGAUGCAACAACCCAUGUCAUUCAAGACGUCCAUUCUGGAAGAGGUUUUUAAUGGUGGGGGAAAAAAAAAAGAAGUGGUUGUAUGCACCAAAACUGAAUGCAGAAAACAGACUGUUUAUGGGAGGAUCUUAGUAGCAUUAACUUGGAGGGUUUUGCCUUUUAUUGCUAGGUAAUUUUCUGCUUCCUUAUUUGUCUUUGCUCCAUAUGCUCGCAGGAACACUACACUUAUCCUUGCUGUGUGGACAGGAGAAGUGUGUAGGAUGUCUUAGAAGGAUGGGAUUUUAUUUAUAACUUCUUACUAGUUUUUCAGGGAGUACUAUCAGUGGUUAUCUUGAUUACUAAAUUUAGUAUAUCUACUAAAAAAAAGAGUAAAACUUAGCAGUGAAGUUGCACACAGCUCAUUCUAUAUUUAUUGUCUUUAAAAGACUAGAAUGAUAGAUCAUUUUAACUCAGUGUAAUUUAAAAACAUAGCACUUUACAGAAUGCAUCAAAUGAAGGAAAGUAAAUAUUCUUCAUUAUUAAACCCACAUGUAUUUAUUUUGUAGGUGAGGGCUGGAGCAUGGCAGAAGCUGAGAGAUGAAGGUGUGAUUCUGGACACUGUUUCUGGCUGCUUUGAAAGAUCUGUGUGUGUGUGCAUGUUUGUGUGCAGGGAGGGACUUAGAAUGAGUGCUUUUUGUUGCUUGGUUUUGGAUUGAACAAAUCAUUGCUGGCACUUUCAGGCCUGAGCCUCUGCAAUGUCAUCUUGAGACACAGACUUUGAAUCUUGUUAGUAGUGGCUUUAAGAACUUGUUCUCCAUGCAAACGUUCAUUAAUUGCUCUGCAGAGUGGUUAUUUGGGCAGUUUUGGGGAGCUAUUCUUACAGGAGUAGCCUGCUUUGGGGCAUUUCCAACUCCUUUUACUUGGGUUGUCAGCCUGGUUGCAGACUUAACCAUUUACCUUUUAUCAAUAGCCCAAGAGAAUCUACUUUAAUUAAUUAAGAAAGAAGCUAACAAGCAGCAGAAAAUUAUUUCUUUUUCCUUCCAAUAGUGUUUUGUCAAAAGCAAUAAAAGUGGCUGUUGAGAAGUGAAAUUGUUGGCUUGCUUCUUGAGAGAGCUGAAUUCUCCUGAAGACAGGCUGGGUUUCAUGUCUCUUCAUAUA